UUCCUUCGGUUUUCUUUCUCUUUGUUUAUUGGGCUUGCUGUGAACCACCAAAUUUGCUUGUCGUCGGUGCGAGAAAAUUUUGAUAGACGCAAGUUUCGGAUGAAUUUGUGAAUGGAGGAAAUGGAACUUUUGAGCUCCUUUAUGCUGUGUUCUUCUUCUCGGGGUUUGGAUGCUUUUGUUUCAAGAUUUUCUCUUUCGGGUUUAAAAUUCAGUUCUCGGAUUCUGCCUUUUGAUCAAAUUUCUUUACUUGGGUGUAUCUAUAUUUGAUAAAAAAAAAAAAAUCUUUUUCUCCUCUAGCUUUGUUUUCUCUCCGUGCAAAUGACAAGUUUUCCUGGAGAUCUGUUUCGAAGAUUCAUGUCAACGACCACCACUAAUUUUGUGCGCAGAGAUGAUAAAGAAGAAGAAAUUGAGCUGAGCUUAGGGCUUUCAUUGAAUGGUCGUUUUGGCGUGGACCCAAGAGCGAAGAAACUCAUUCGCUCUUCUUCUAUACCUGAUAUUAUCAAAGCCCCAGAAACAAAAGACAAUGACACUGGUUGUGUUAUCCCCAUGGGCUGUCCUCCUCUUAUGAGGACUUGUUCUCUGCCUACAGAGACAGAGGAAGAGUGGAGGAGGAGGAAGGAGUUGCAGACUCUAAGGAGAAUGGAGGCUAAGAGAAAGCGGUCAGAAAAGCAGAGGAACUUGAAGGCUGUUAGAGACAGAUAUCGACAUUCUGGAGAAGAGAAUUGUGAAGAGGAUAAGAAGGAAGACCAAGGUAUUACGAGUUGUAAUGAGAUUUUACAUUGUGCGGUGCCUAGUUGGGUUAAUGGCAGCCGAGUAUCAGGUGGGGUUGAAUUGAAAACUGAAAAGCCUAAUGGCUUGCUUCAUGGAGUUGCUGAGGGUUUACCACCAGCGGAAACAGUUGUAGCAUCACAAGGGUCAAACGGAUCUCAGGGGAUUGGAUCGUCAGGAAUUUCAGAAUUUGAUAGCCACCAAGCUCAUGGAACAAGCAGUGGGACUGAAGUGAGAAGCCCUGUCAGUGUUCAAUCUUUACCAGAAAAUGGAACAGUCAUCACAAAAGCACCAGCAAAGUCUACCGAAGCUGUGAUGAGCAAAGGCUCUAGCAAACCAACUGCUGUCGAAAGGGGAGUUAAGAAUGUAGCGAGGAACAUGUUGGAAGAUAUGCCAUGUGUAUCUACAAAAGGGGAUGGCCCGAACGGGAGACGAGUAGAAGGUUUUCUUUACAGGUAUCGGAAAGGUGAGGAGGUGAGAAUAGUAUGCGUUUGUCAUGGCAAUUUUCUCUCUCCGGCCGAGUUUGUGAAGCAUGCUGGAGGUGGUGAUGUAGCACAUCCUCUGAAGCACAUUGUUGUUAACCCAUCUCCCCUGUUGUGAGGGUAAAUUCUCAAGGAAUUAACCGCUGAAGAGAGUGAAAAAAGAGAGAAACCAAAAUGGUAAUUAAAUUUUCACUUCUUUGUGUAGUUGUUCUUUGAGUAAUCUUUUCCUGGUUGGACUAAUCAUGCAUUUGAAGAAUUGGGGAGCUGGGAAGGCUAAGAAAGAUUGAUGAAAAAUCACACGACUACUUAUCUUAAAAGACUUGAGAAAAGAUUUACCAGAAGAAUUUGGGUAUUAACAGUAAAUUUGGGUCUGCAGAAGAAUAAAUAUUUAGUAUGUUGAAGAAAGGAAGCAUUGCAGUUUUGUUGGUAUUGAGAGGGAUUGGAUGUGUGGGUUUUCAAAGCUCCAUAAUGAAUGGCAACAUGCAUGACUCCGUGACCUAAUGAAAUGAUAAGGCCAUUAUGGGGAAGAGGAAGCCAAGUUGUAAUUCAAUAAGUCUGAACAUCAAUAAUUUCUCCUCAGGGUACAGCUGUUGGCCAACUCAAUAUAAUUUUUUAAAUACAACUUGAUUGGCAUUUGGAAUUC